GUUUUUUGCUCAAAGUUUCUAAUUUUUGUGAAGUCUAAAGAGUUGUAAAUUGUGCAGAAGUUUUUAUUUUAUGAGUUCUUUAACAUGUCUCAAGAUGCCUCCCUACCGCAGGAAGUUGAGGUUAAGGACUUUUUCUACAAGCAGAUGCGAAAAUUGCGAACGUUCAAAUCCCCUCAAGAUUUGAUUACUGCUCGAUCAUCAUUGCUUGCAGUUUCAAAUCAAUAUGGAAUUGUUUAUGUGGCUGGGGAUAACAACAAUAUUAGAGCUAUAAAGGUUGAGACGAUUGAAAAGUUGUUCGUGGAAGUCCAAGGAAGCCUUCAGGUUGAAGAGAUAAAUUUUCCUUCUUCCAGUGUUGAUGUUGGUCAUCCAUUUUCUCAUAUUGCCUUAUCAUGUGAUGAUCUUACAUUGGCUGUCAGCUUUGAACGUGAUAGCGCAUGCAUGCUUGGCUUUGUUGAUGUCCGUGCUUUCUUUUCCACAAAAUCACCAAAGAAAUUGUUUUCUGAAGUAGUGCUAUGUUCAGGAAAGUCUGAUGUUAGGGUGCGAGAAAUAGCUUGGAGACCUGGUGAUCCUAAUAUUGUUGCUGUAUUGUUAACUGAUGGACAAAUAAUGAUGAUUAUGUUAAAUGGUACUGUCGCCAAUGUGGAUGCAACAUUUAAAGGCCCUGCUACAGCUGUCUCCUGGAGUCCAAAGGGCAAACAGAUUGUUGCAGGAUUGAGAGAUGGCUCUCUUGUUCAAUUUGACAUGAAAUUUCAAAAGAAACGAGAAAUCCCUUUUCCAACAGUUUUGCAAAAACCUUGUCGAGUUUCUGAUUUGGUUUGGAUAUCUACAUAUCAAUUUGGUGCAGUUUACACAGAGUGUGAUGAUGAUGAUGAUGCAUCUUAUUUGAUAAUCAUUAAUUCACCAAAAAAUGGUCAACCGUCAUUUGACGUGUUUGAUGAUGUCUAUUAUGGAAUGGGUGAAGAACGAGAAGCUUGUUUUUAUCUUAAUUAUCUCACCGAAUGGAGGCUGGUUUUGUCAGUAUUUUCUUGUUCUUUUGAAAUGGUUACAAUCCACCAGACGGAUGAGGGACCCUGGGCCAAGUGGACAUUCCCGGAUUCAGGCCGAGUUUCACUGCCAACGACACAUAACAGUGACGACACGUAUUCAUUAGGUCUUGCUGUCUCAUUUGCCGCCACCAGACCGCUGGAACAAGAUGACCAAACAUUUCCACCGACGCCGAUUCUGCUUCUCCUAACAACGGAUGGUGUACUUUGUCCAUUUUAUAUUGUAAACAAGAAUCCCAAGUUAUCCAUAGAACUCUGUCGUCCUCCCCAACCACUGGUGUUAGACGGAGAACGUUUACCAGCUGCAGGUGUUUCAACUAACUUUACCACUCCGUCUACUCAAACUACCCCAGCAUCUAAGACAAUUGCCCCUCCUAUCACCCAAGUAACCAAACCACCUGUAUCAACUAGCGCUCCAGUUACCACAACUAAAUCCUCUGCAAACCCAGACAAUAUUCAUCCAGCCCAACUUGGAUCCAGAUUUCUUACUGGAGCACCAUCAAUUACUACACCACAGCCAUCCAAGCCACCUACAUUUCCUUUCACUCAAAUAUCCAAACCCCCUUCGACAACUAACACCCCUAUUACUACAUCUAAACCCCCUACACUCCUAGGCAACACCAAACCAUCUCAAGUCGAAUCCAAUCCCCUAGCUGGAGCAGUCUCCAAUACCACACCCCUUACAUUUGACCCGUCAAAAGGUUUUGGUGCUAGCUUGUCGGGGUUCCCCGUCGUCCCAGGAACUCUGUCGAACUUCUCUCCUCUUGGCGUUCCCCCUGCUGCGAAACCAGCUCCAACAGGAAUGUUCCAGUUCAAGGGACCUCCCAACUUCGGUUCUGGUCUUUCUAAUUCUGGACCAUUGAACGUUCGACCCUCGGCCACGCCUGCCCAGUCUUCUGCGCAGCCGUCAACAGGGGGACUGGGGGUGACAAAACCGAACGAACAGAAACCUCUUAUAAAGACUGGGCCAAGUAUUGCUAAACCUGGGAACUUGCAAACGACCAGGACUCCAGAUACAAAAGGUAUUACAAUUAAAACCCAGCAGUCGACUAUUAUCAAACCACCAGCAUUUCAACAAGCUUCAAAUCAAGGAACACAAGCAGCGGUUAAAAGGGAUGGUGUCUUGUCUGGUAAAGUUGAACCAAAGCAAAAGCCUCAACCAUCAAAGGCAUCACCGUCAAAGCAGGAACAACUAGAAGCUGCCAUUCACAAACACAUCAAAGACGAAGUCGAAGCGUUUAACGCGGAAAUGAAGGAAGCGAGGAAAAGAUAUGGUAAUCUGAGAAAAUUAGAUGCGGCAUUAAAAGAACUCGAUAGUCUCGAAAUAUCAAAGCAAGUUAAUAACCACAGGCGGUUUAUGAACCAAGUGAGAAAUGCUGUUGAGGAUUUGAAAGACGAUAUCAAUAGAGAGAAGGGUGCACUUCUGAAUGCCUUUGAACUAAUGGAGGACGCAAAGACUCGUGAUAAUACUGCAAAAGAUCCACGAUAUCUUCAGCUUCUCAAAAAUCGUGGCCUGGAUCCUAGCUCUGAACGUAAAAUGAAAGAUAUUCGUUCUUCCUACCUCCUCCUGGACAACACGUUAAGGGAAGUGAACAUGGCAUUGGAUGAACAGUGGGACAAGAAAAAUAAACAAACAAGGUCUAUGCAAUCGCCAAGUUUGGACACUAUUUAUCAGAAUAUGAGACAAAAUAGAAAUAUUGUUAAAAAUCAGUCUUUGCAACUAGAAGAAAUUUCAAAUCGUGUAAACAGAAGAAGUCACAGAAGAAGUGAAUGGGACGAUAAGAGAGACUCGACAUCCGAAAGUGAGGAGGUUCCGUCCCUUUCUGAACGUUUGAGGAAACAGAAAUUGAAUGCAAGUGCGAAAAAUGCUGAUAAUGUAUCCGCAAGGAAAAAAUCAGAGCUGCGUCAAAUGUUGUCUAAACGUACUACUUUCCCAGUGAAGAAAACCACCUUCAUUUCUAACUGGCGAUCGCGCAGUGAUUCAUCAGCUGGAUCCACUGAGCCUGACGCUUCUUCUGAAGCUGAGGAAACGCCAGAGAAAGAGGAGAAGUCUUCAAUAAAGAGUAAUCAAAGAAAUGAGUUACCCUCUAAAUCACCAAGUCGGAUUCCUUGGCCUAAAACAAGCGAAAACACGUGGAAACAAACGGAGUCUGUGACCCACAGUACGCCAAAAUUUGGAUUUGGAGAAAAGAGUAACUUCUCAUUUUCCGUUGGUAUCACAUCAUCUCCCUCUUGGGGUUCCACCUCAGAGACUAUUCAAACCAAGCCUGCUACUUUUAUUACAAGUCAGUUGUCCAAAGAAAAACCUCAUCAGCCAACUCAUGUCCCAACGUCCAAGAUUAGUUUUGCACCACCCAGUCUUGAUAAACCAAGCACUGGAAGCACCGGUGUUUUACCUCGGGAAGCUGCUGCAGCCGCUGCCAUUGCACGUGCGUCCGCUGGCUCAAGUAAGCUAGACUCAGGCGCUUCUGUUCCCGCCAAAACGUUGGUUGAAUACAAGGCGAAAGAUGGAAGUAAGAAUAUUUCUGGAAAAGAUCCGAACGCUGACCACCAUGCCCGAUUGAUCGCAGACGCAGCUCUUAAAGACGCUGAGAAAAAAAUGAAAAAUGUCACGCAAACUCCGCCAUCGAACACAGCGACGACAUUUACCGUACGAUCUUCGGCGAGCACCGCCCAGUCUUCGGGUCCUCCUGUUAUGGUCUUACAACCCAAUGGAACAUUCGGUAUUCGAAAACCUGGAGAAAAUCAGUUUUUACCAGCUGGAAAACCUGUUCAACAACCGCAAGAAAAACCUGUUUUACCUCCAGGAAAAUCCAUAAUUUCUCAGUCGGAAAGUCAGGAUAAGGAGGUAACUCCAUCCAUUGGCGGUUUUGGAAAAGGUUUGCCAAGUUCUGGCUUUUCUUUCAAGUCUCCAUUUGGUAAUGCCAGUCUUGGAACUUCGCCAGUGUUAGGUGGUGCUACUGGUGGAAUUAGUAGUGGUAAUACUUCUGGUAUUAGUACAAUGUUUGGUACUGGUAAUAUGAUGUUUGGUAAUACUGGCGUACCGUCUUUUGGUGGUGGCAGUAAAAGCCAACAAAGUACCUCGGUGGUGCAGUCGCCAGCGCGAGAAGAAGGUGCUGGGAGCGGUAAGCAGGACGAUACAUCGAGCACACAAAUGGUUCCAGGCGGCGGAAAAGAUAAUUUGACAAGAACGAGCGUAGACGAUGGCGAGUCGGCCGUUGUCCCUGAGAGAGGAGAGCCUGAGGGCGAGAGUAAACAACCUGUGAAUGUAUUAACUGCUCAAAGACAGGCUACUAUCGGAAAAUCAGACAAAGAUAUUGCUACGGCUGGCAACGUUUCAACAGGGACUAAAACUCAACCACCACCACCAAAAUCAAGUAGUCCCAACACCGCAACGAAAUCUUCAUUGGCUGGUUUCACCGCCCCUUUCGCGACUGGUCCUUUUGCUUUUGCACCUGGGAACACUCAACCAGAUAUUACAUCUUCAUUUAAAACUCAAGCUGAAUCACAACCCUCGCAAAGGUUAAAAGCGCAAGGUUCAGGACUUACAAUGACCCCUCCCCCCUUCACUGCUACUCUUCCCUCGGGAUCAUUCCAUCCUAGCUCCACUCCAGAAACCACACCUCCAUCCUUUACAACAUCUCCUUCGUCUAUUGCAACAACUGUCCCACCUCUUACAACUUCUCCUUCCCUUCCAACAACCGCACCACCUCUCACAACCGCUCCACCCCUUGCAACCACCGCUCCACCCCUUACAACCACCGCUCCACCCCUCACAACUGCUCCACCCCUCACAACUGCUCCACCCCACACAACAUCUCCGCCCUCCACAACAUCCACUGCACCUCUCACAACAUCUGCUCCGUUUCAUACAGCAUCACCCCAGUCCCUUCCAACAUCGCCUCCAUCCUCUACAACAACACCCCCGGUGCAGACAAGCACCCCUCCUUCGACCACAACAGCUCCAAACACCCAGACCCUCGACCAAGUUAAGUUGGUAACGGCAACAACAACGUCUGACACAACUACUGCCAAACAAACAUUUGCCGAACCAAAGCCUCCCCCACAAACGGCAAAUGACAAUUUGAGUAGUACAAUCGAUUCCAAUGAAACCACAAGUGAAAUUAAAUCGAUAGCAACUGCAAAAGUCGAUAAACCUUCAAUAGUUGAAACUACAAGCCAGAGCCAGGUAGCACCGCCUGUGGGUUCUACGUCGACUUUUAGUUUCGGGACUAAUCUUGGUAUGAAUUCUGCUACCACCACACUAUUUGGGUCACAAGCGCAGCCAUUUCAAUCGUCUCUAAGUAAGAUUGAUCCUCCCGCGACAACUGUCACACCCGCAUUCAAGCCAUCAAACUUUGGUAGCACUCCUCAAACAGGUUCUGGAUUUGGGGGGUUUUCUGGUCUUGGCGGCGGACCAAUAGAACCAAACAGAAAUCCAUUUGCGGCGAAUCCGACAACGCAGGCGCAAGUCUCUGGCUUGUUUGGAAGUUCUUCCACUUCAAGUUCGAACCCAUUUCAGACAUCUACAAUGAAACCUGCAUUUGGUUCGACAAGUUUUGGUUCAGGUUCAGGUGUAGAAACCACAGGAUUCGGGACGCCCUCAGCUGGUGCGCCUUCAUUCGGAACUCAGCCAUCGUUUGGUUCUAAUACCGCAACCUUUGGUGCUAAUCCGAGUUUUGGUGGCAAUCCUAGUUUUGGGUCUCCCCCUGCCUUUGGUGGGGCACCCAGCUUUGGUUCCCCCCCUGCCUUUGGAAGUGCAUCAACAUUUGGAUCAGGAAUGGGUGGAACAGCUUUCGGAAGCAGUCCUUUUGGAAAUACCGGGAGCAGUCCAUCAAGGGUGUUCGGUUCGGGAACAGAGGCAGCAGGCAUGUUUGGUAAUUCCUCAUCAAACCUGACAUUUGGUUCAAUACCAUCUAAUAUGCCUUCGUUUGGUGGUAUAUCUGGAGGACAAAAUAAUCCUGGAAUGAACCAGAAACAAGGCUUUGGCUCGUCUAUGUCUGGAUCCUCGUUUUCUUCGUAUCGAUAAAAAAGACAUUAAAGAAAUGAUAUGCCAUGAUAGGGAUACCUAAUAUAUUUAUCUAAUAAAUUAGUACUUUCUGUAUUAGAUUUGUUGUCGUUACUGAUGUGUAGUUAUU